AUGAACCAAACAAAGCUGACUCAAACCGCUGCCCGUAUCUUGAAGAAUAGCAGUAUCUUCAGAAAAUCUCCUGGCAACUCUUUUGCUACAUUCAAAGAAUACAGAGAAACUGCCAAGACAUACGGUCCAUUGAGUGCCUCUCUCGCUACAAAGAGAAACCUGACUAACAAAUAG